AUGGUCUCCACCUGCAUGAGCACUGUGUUGCUCAUGAAGAUCCAUCUUCCUUCUGCGGUGUUGGACAGCCUGUACACCCUUUCCCUUGAUGAGGGGCAUGCUCCCACGACUGCUACAACGACCCCCACCGCUACCUCUGUUCCUGCAAUAACUCCGGCUCUGGGUUGGACUAGCAGGGCUUCCAAGCAAGCGCACAAGGAGGGUGUAUCGCCUGAGAAGGCUGUGGAGGAUGACACUCAGCCCAAGCCUCUUGGGUGUGUUUGCCCCAAGGGUAUGACUAAGGUGCAGUAUGGGGAGGCGCGAACAGUGUGCCGGGGUUGUAUGGAGCGAAAGAUCCAGUGCCAUGUGCCGAUUUCAGGACAGGUAGAGGUGUGCCAGGAGUGCGCGCAGAAGAAAACUUGGUGCAGCUUUGCCGAUGGGAGGGGGCUGCAGGCUGAGAGUAGUGAGGAGGUGGAAGAGGUGAACGAGGCACUGGUUGGGCAACAGCGGUCCAGCCCUAAAAAGCCAUAA